AUGAAGAACGGUGUGGAGAAGGUGGUGAUCUCGGCUCCGUCCAGCGACGCCCCCAUGUUCGUGAUGGGCGUGAACCACGAGCUGUACGAGAAGAACAUGCACGUGGUGUCGAACGCUUCGUGCACGACGAACUGUUUGGCUCCUUUGGCCAAGGUGGUGAACGACAAGUUCGGCAUCAAGGAAGGUCUGAUGACGACUGUGCACGCUGUGACUGCCACGCAGAAGACGGUUGACGGUCCGUCCAAGAAGGACUGGCGUGGUGGCCGUGGCGCUUGCUUCAACAUCAUCCCGAGCUCCACUGGUGCCGCCAAGGCUGUGGGCAAGGUGAUUCCGAGUCUGAACGGCAAGCUGACGGGCAUGUCGUUCCGUGUGCCGACUGCUGAUGUGUCUGUGGUGGAUCUGACUGCUCGCUGCUAUUAA